AUGAAUAGCUACUCACCAGGCAUACCGACCUCAUUCGAUCCUGCACUGCUACAUUCCGAAUUCGAAUUUCUCGACAACGCGCCCGCUUCGCUCUCCCAUUCCGACGAACUCGACGCAUUGCAACAGUGCAUCGCCGAAGACACAGUAAAGAAGAACAGUGCAGGCGUCGUCAUACAACAUCGCGCCUGGAACGUAGCAGAUAUAUUCAGGAGUGAAGGAGAAGGUCCAGCUGACACACCUGCGAAGCGUCAUAAGCAGUCACCAGUCAAACGCUUUCUCACUCACGCUUCAGUUGAAGUCCCGACCUUCCCUUCCUCGCCCCCAGUCUACACAAUGCCGCUUGUUUCGUCACCCAUCGCAUACCCACCGAGCUCGUCGAUGCCACAGGCGCCAUCGCCGAAGAAGAGGAAGCGCCCGGAAGAUGCACGAGAGCCGCUAAAGGAUGUGCCAAACCACAACGCAACGCGCAAAAUUGGGGGCUUCCUAGACGACUCUGAUGAUGAAGAGGACCUUGCGGCACUCAAGGAACACACAUUGAAGAGGAGGGCAGUGAGCAGCAUCAAGGACCUUCCAGCUGUUCCGGAAGGCUUAGCAGACUACACACCGCCCGCGAGCCAGGAUGAGUCCGCCGAUCCCGAAUCGAUACCGGUAGACGACCUAGACAACUAUAGCUUCAAGUCUCGAUCACAAUCGCCAGUAAAGCGAUCGCAAGCGUUACAAAACCCAACUUCGGCACAGCCUACAUGUGGCACCAUAGCCCGUAACGCUUCAGGAAAGGCUUUCCACAUUGGCAAGAAGGCCACACGAGAAACUCAAACGUACGAAGAGAUCAUUGCAGCACGCUCAGAACCUGUAGAAGGAAAGGCGAGGACGAGCUACUACGGUCUGAACAUUCACCAGCUUAUGGACGAGGCGAAAGCGCUGGAUCAAGAGAAGGCCAUGAACAUGUCUCAGAAGACUCAUGAGCUACCACACCCGUCGAUCGAGCAACCGGCUGCCAGAAGUGCGAAGACCAAUCGCACACUCAUGUGGACUGAAAAGUACCGAGCAAAGAAAUUUACAGACCUGGUAGGAGAUGAGCGCACACAUCGAUCGGUAUUGCGUUGGUUAAAGGCAUGGGACCCGAUCGUAUUCCCCGGCUCCAGCAAAACGAAGCCCAAUAAAUCAAAAAACGGAUUCGAAGAAGACGAACAGAGACAUCGCAAGAUAUUGCUGCUGACUGGACCACCCGGACUUGGAAAGACCACACUGGCUCAUGUUUGCGCACGACAAGCCGGCUACGAAGUGCAGGAGAUCAACGCUUCCGAUGAGCGUAGCGGAGCUGUUGUCAAGGGCCGCAUCCGGGAUAUGGUUGGGACUGAGAACGUGCGCGGUGUGAAUACUAGCACCGUGAAUGGCAAGGUGCGCAAGGCUGGAAAACCAGUGUGCGUUGUCGUGGAUGAAGUAGACGGUGUUGUUGGCAGCGGAGGCUCAGGAGAAGGUGGUUUCGUCAAGGCUCUAAUUGACUUGAUCAAUCUCGACGAGAGGAACACGAAAGCACUCGGGCAGCAACAAUCCAGCACCGGUACCAAGAAGAGGAAAGGGGAUAAAUUUCGACUGUUGCGACCACUCAUCCUCAUCUGUAACGACCUCUAUCACCCCUCGCUACGGCCACUACGACAAUCUUCGAUGGCUGAGAUCGUGCACAUACGCAAACCUGCCCUUAGCAUGGUCGUUUCGCGUAUGCAAGAAAUCUUCGGGAAGGAAGGCAUCCAAUGCGAUUCAGACGGCGUGCGCCGCCUCUGCGAAGCUACAUGGGGCGUUAGUACGAAGAAAGAGGGUGGGACAGGUAGUGGAACCGGCGAAGGGGACAUUCGGGGAGUGAUGGUAGUCAGCGAGUGGAUAGCAGCUCGUUUACGAUCGUCACAGGACGUAAAGUCAAAAGAAAGGCCCCAUCUAUCGCGAAAGUGGAUAGAAGACAACCUCAUCGGUGACCUGCGCCAUGGUGGUGGAGCUGCUCGAAGCUUAGGAAGAGGUGGCGCGAAGGAUGUUGUUGACCGUGUAUUCCGUGAGGGUGCUGGCUUCCCGAAGCAAGCUGAAACGACAGAUGCAAAAUCAGCAUCUGCGCGGGCCAAGAGUGGUGUCAUCGGUGUUGCUGAAGCAGGCAAACGGCGAGCUAUGGAUCGUCUGAGGGAAAUGGUCGAUACGAGUGGAGAUUGCGACCGCAUUGUGACUGACUGCUUCACUGCCUAUCCCGAGAAGCCUUUUCAAGAUGAUACCCUCCUCAGCAAGCCGUCCGCCGCAUACGAAUGGCUCUACUUCCAUGACACACUCAACUCGGCAGUUCACGGCUCUCAGGAAUGGGAAUUAGCACCAUACCUUUCAAACUCUGUUCUUGCCUUCCACAACCUCUUCGCUUCGCCCAUUCGAUCAUCCGCAAACCCUAUAGCAGACCCAGAUGCACAGCCAACACCCUUCUCCGGACCUGGUGCAAGCUUUGCAGCCCUGGAACAGUCGAAGGCUAGCAGGAGUCAGUUGAUGGCGCUGCAGACAAGUUUGACUUUGCCAUUGACGCGCAUGUUCCGAAGUCCAGAGGAGAUGGCCAUGGAGCUCAUACCUUACGUCUUGCGUAUGUUGUCACCCGACGUGAAACCCGUCCUCGUGAAUACCGGCGCAUCAGGCUCAAAGUCUUUCGCUACUGCCUCUGUCCGCAAAGCUUCGGAGAAAGAGCUUGUCAAGAAGGCUGUAGAAGCCAUGGCAGCCACUGGCGUUCGAUUCGAAAAGUCACGAAUCGAAACUGAAGAUGUGGCAAACAGAAGUGCUGGCUUUGUCUGGCGCAUGGAGCCCGCCCUGGAUGUUCUAGCAACCUUUGAAACGCUGGCCAGCAAGAAAGACGACAAAGGACGCUACGCAGUUCGCAGCGUCCUUGAGCAAGAAUGGCGCAAGGAAUCUGCUCUUCGAGAACAUGCUAAUCGCAAACGCCGUGGUGGUCAAGACGAAGACGGCGAGGAACCCGAGGCUGGCAAGAAGGAAGAGAAGACGACUGAAGAGAAGGUCGCUGAAGCAAACAAGAAGGCGGUGAAACGUGACUUCUUUGGCAGGGUGGUUGUGGAGACAGACAAGAGUAGGAAGGAGGCGAAGAGGAAGCAGGAUAGUGGAGAGAUGCAGGGUGAUGUAGGAAGGAUAUGGGUAUCCUUCCACGAAGGGUUCUCAAAUGCGGUGAGGAAGCCAGUUACUAUUGAUGAUAUCAUGAGGGGACUUUAG